UGGGAGGAGGUAGAGCAGUGUGCAGGCAUCCGACUAGUGAAGACCAUGAUGAAUGGAAACUGUCAGGCAACAGCUCUAGCGCAAGCACUAGUGGAUGAUGAUCUUCAUGCGUAUCCAACGCAUCUAGAAGAAAUGGUUGCGACGCUGAAAAGAGGAAUUCGCGUAAUGGCUCUAACGAACCUGGAAAAACAAUUCCCGCACCAAGCACGGCGAGAGGCGCUAACCGAAGUGGGCAGAGGAUGGCCCACUAUGUCAAGGCCAAACUCACUCAAGCUGUUCGGGCAGUACCUAGAUGAGUACGCAUCCACUCCUUCGAAUGUGGAAGCAACACUGGCGAUGGUGCCGCGGAAAAAUUGGGGACUCUCA